GCGCCCCCCCCCCCCCCCCCCCCCCCCCCAAAACUUCCAUUCUUCUCCCAUGGCGCUGCCGGACGAUCUAUUUGCCGCCAUCGACAUGGGCACCAACUCCAUCAAGAUGAUCAUCGUCCAAUUCCACCCGCCGUCGGGCCGAUUCCUCACCGUCGCCCGCCACUCCGACCGUGUCUGCCUCGGCCGUGACUCCGCCGCCGCAUCAUCAAACUCCUCCCCGUCGAUUUCCCCCGACGCGGUCCUCGAAGCUCUCCGAUGCCUCCGCCAGUUCACCGAAAUCCUCCGCGCUCGCGGGGUCCCGCCUCGCCGAACCCGCUGCGUCGCCACUUCCGCCGUCCGGGAGGCCGCCAACGGAUCCGAGCUCGUCGAAGCCGUUCGCGCAGCCACCGGGCUCGACGUUUCCGUUCUCUCCGGGGAAGAGGAGGCGAGACUCGCCUACUCCGGAGUGAUUCAGUUUUUUCCGGUCAGGGAAAAGAGAGCGUUGCUCAUAGACAUCGGAGGCGGAUCGACUGAGUUCGCGAUUGGGGAAGGAGGGAUCGUCAAUUUCGCGACGAGUUUGAAGCUAGGUCAUGUGAGUUUGACUCAGCGAUUCGCUGGUGGAGAUGUGGUAGGAGGAAUGAGGAAUUUCAUCAGGGCAGCUGUGAAGGACUCUGGAUUGGUUCAGCAAGUGAAGAGAUUCGGGUUUGAGGUCGCUGUUGGAAGCUCGGGAACGAUUGGAGCAGUCGAGAAAGCAGUGUUUCAUGGCUAUGGCGAUGCUGAAACUGACAAGUCAGCUGAGGAGCUGUUGAGGAGGCACGUGAAGAGGGAUUGGAGAUUCAGCAGAGUGGAAUUGAAGAGAGUUGUUGAGAGGUUAUGUACAGAAGAAGGGCAAGAAGAGAAGGAGAUAAGAGAGGAGCUUUUUAAGAAGAGAUCAGAAUUUAUUGUGGCUGGUGCUCUGUUAUUGGAGGAGAUAUUUGAGUUGCUUGGGAUUGAAGAAAUGGAAGUUUCCGAGUAUGCAUUGGGAGAAGGUGUCGUUGCUGAAACUCUGAAGGAGGAAUUCAAUGAAGUUGGUUUCAAAUUGAAUGCGAAUCCCAGGUGGAAUUCUGUUGUGAGACUUGCUACCAGGUUUAAUGAUAAGAAGAGGGUUAAGAAUGGCGCUAGAUGUGCCGCCUUUGCCAAGGGUAUAUUUGAAGGCUUGAGGCACUGUGGUAAGCUCAUUGACUUGGGUGGCGAGGAUCUCGGGUGCCUUGAGGCAGCCUGUUUGCUUCAUGCCAUAGGGCUUUUCGCUGGUAAAAGGGGUUACCACAAGCAGUCUUAUCGUGUUAUCAUGGAAGGAAACCAUCUUUACGGUUUCAGUACUGAAGAGAUCAAGUUAAUAGCACUUCUGGCGAGGCAUCACACGAAGAAAUUCCCAAAACCUUAUCAGGCUUCUUUGGCCGAGACUCCAGAAGAGUUCAAGAAGAAACUUCAAGGUCUCUGUACUAUCAUUAGGAUAUCAGUAGUAUUGCAGAAGAACGAACGCCUGAACUUCCAAGAUAUGGAACUUUCACCUCUCAGUGGGGGAUUUAGACUGGUAUUGAAGCACGCAGGAGACCAACCUAUUUCGCUCUCAGAGGAAAUGAAGAAGGAUUUAAGGGGAGAACUUGAACACUUCAAAAUGGUAUUCAAGCAGCAAUUGUCGGUAGAUAUCUCAAGCAUUUCGGAAGCAUCAAAGAGCUGAGAAAGUAAUUGCACAUUGUACUGUAAGAUUUUGUUUUGGAUUUUUAUAGCUAGAGUUAUAAGGAUAAGAUGUUUGUUUAGCUUCUGGGAUUAGUAAUAACAUCUUUAGUUUCUGUACUGUGUUAGUUUAUCAUGCGUAUCUUUGUAUUAUGAUUUUCAACGAAUGGUUACUAUUACUAAGCAUGUCCCUAAUGAUUCACAUGUCAUGUAUACUGGAAAUCUGCCUGGCCUUAAUGAAUAAAUAGGAAGCGAUAUGUGGAAUCCGAAAGUCGAAUUGUGGGUUAAAACAAGAAUUUUACCACAUAGAUAUGCUUGCUACGAAUUAAUCGAUCUCAUUUAUAACAUAUUUAGGUGAAAUUUUGAACCGAUGAACAGAAGUCUAAAGAUAGAUAAGUGACAGGUACAGAGACGUUUGAUAGAUAUAAUAGUAUUGUACAGUCAGAUUCAAUUCUGAACUCAUCACUAGAUUGGGGUAGGAAGCACCUGUUUCUCUCUACACAAGGUGUUAGUUCAACUGUUGUGUCUUGUGUGGAAUUCCUAUAACCUCUGAAAUUGAAGGAUACAAAUUAUCCAAAUGAAUUUUCAAAAGCCUGAGAAGAAUUAAGGGGGAAAAGAAAGAAAACCCUAGCUCUACGUCCUCCCUACUUUAAGAACUACACAAGAAUACAGGAUGUCUUUUGGAUUAGGGAUUAACUACAAUGUGUUUCCUUUGUUUUGUUUAGCUUACUUGAACAUCAAGCAGCCUCUUCCUUUGCUCGUGAUGCAGGGUGAGAUUCAAGACUCCCAUAGGAAGAAGGGAAAGCUUCUGAGAUAACAUCCCAAGAGAAGCUCCCUUCUGCUCUCCUCCUCUUGUCCAAAAAUGCUGGCCUUAUGGGUGCCCCUGCAUCAGCUUUACACGUCAGCAUUGCCACCACCUCAGACAUCGGAGGCCUCAGGUUCGCCAGCGGUUGAAUGCACAAGAACGCCACGUGGAUCACAUGCACCACAUCUCUCUCCACGAUCCCGUGUUCUCGGAGCCUCAGAUCUAUCAGCUCGUUCACCUUGUUUUUCUCGUAUAGCUUCCACGCCUGCAAGAGAAAAUCUAAUGGACACCAUUGGGAUGGCUAGGCCUCAUAAAACUGAGCAAGGAAACACACUUACGUAUUCAGGAAGGUACUGCUGCUCUGUUGGUAAGUUGAGAUAUGUGUUCUUCCUACAACAGAUGAUCUCAAGAAGGAGCACUCCGAAGCUGUAGAUGUCGGCCUUCUCUGACAACUCGCCUCGGAUCGCGUACUCUGGGGCUGUGUAUCCCCUGAUGAACGACAAAGAUUAGUGAAUUUGGAAAUUCUUUUAUUUGAGACUGGUACUUGAAGUUGAUUUAGAAGAACUCACAAGGCCCUGCAAAUGUGGUGCUGACAUAAGCUUGGUCUUCAGGGAAGAAUCUGGCCAGCCCGAAAUCGCUGAUCCGGGGUGGAACUUGUCGUCCAGAAGAACAUUGCUUGCUUUGAUGUCUAUGUGCACAUGGCAACAAAACCCGAACCCACGAGUACCCACCCGACCCAACCCGGUCAACGCGGGUAAAACCCGUGUUGACGGAUUUUGGGCCAGGUUCGGAUUUAAACCCGCUACACUAUUCACCGGGUCGGGUUGGGUUUGGGUUUAGGUAAACCCGCCUCAUGGGUACCUGCCCACACAUAUAUAAUCACUUUCCUGGUAUAUUUAAUAUUCUAAAUAAUAUAUAUUUCUUAAAUAACUAAUAUUCUUUAUGUUUUGUGGAGACACGUAUAAUUUGUUAUUUCUAAUUGUUUAUAAUGAAGUUGAUAUUAUGAAGUGGAGAGUGAAGAAACUUAGUUGACGAGGAAGAAGCUUUCAAUUAAUCUUAUUGUUUAUAGAUGUUUAUCUUUAAUUUUGAACAAUUUGUAUUGAUCAUUUGCGGUUUGCUUGUAUGCUCUAGAAUGGUAUUUUUUGUAUGAUUAAUUUGUAUGAGAAAAUUGAUGUUAAACUUUUAUUUUGAAAGAAACUUGUUAUUGUAAA